UGAGGUCAUCCACUUCAAGUCCAUGGCAGAGGAUAACUACCCACAAGGCGAUGACAAUGGCACAGGAAGGGAUGGUGACUUGCCUGGAGACACACAGCACCAUCUCUCCCAUACUCAGUCAUUCACACCAUCACUGAUUCACCAGGCACCCACCCCGUGUGCAGCAGGACUCUGAGAACCCCAAAUGCACACUACUAUGGAAGCCAACCUGGGUGCCACCGGCCACGGGCCCCGCACGGAGCUUGAUGAUGAGAACUCCUACCCCCAGGGUGGCUGGGACACGGUCUUCCUGGUGACCCUGCUGCUCCUUGGGCUGCCAGCCAAUGGGCUGAUGGCGUGGCUGGCCGGCUCCCAGGCCCGGCAUGGAGCGGGCACGCGUCUGGCGCUGCUCCUGCUCAGUCUGGCCCUCUCUGACUUCUUGUUCCUGGCAGCAGCGGCCUUCCAGAUCCUGGAGAUCCAGCAUGGGGGGCACUGGCCACUGGGGACAGCCGCCUGCCGCUUCUACUACUUCCUGUGGGGCGUGUCCUACUCCUCCGGCCUCUUCCUGCUGGCUGCCCUCAGCCUGGACCGCUGCCUGCUGGCGCUGUGCCCACAUUGGUACCCUGGGCACCGCCCAGCCCGCCUGCCCCUCUGGGUCUGCGCCGGGGUCUGGGUGCUGGCCACACUCUUCAGCGUGCCCUGGCUGGUCUUCCCUGAGGCCGCCGUCUGGUGGUACGACCUGGUCAUCUGCCUGGACUUCUGGGACAGUGAGGAGCUAUCGCUGCGGAUGCUGGAGGUCCUGGGGGGCUUCCUGCCUUUCCUCCUGCUGCUUGUCUGCCAUGUGCUCACCCAGGCCACAGCCUGUCGCACCUGCCGCCACCAACAGCAGCCCGCAGCCUGCCAGGGCUUCGCCCGUGUGGCCAGGACCAUUCUGUCGGCCUACGUGGUCCUGAGGCUGCCCUACCAGCUGGCCCAGCUGCUCUACCUGGCCUUCCUGUGGGACAUAUACUCCGGCUACCUGCUCUGGGAAGCCCUGGUCUACUCCGACUACCUGAUCCUGCUCAACAGCUGCCUCAGCCCCUUCCUCUGCCUCAUGGCCAGUGCCGACCUCAGGGCCUUGCUGCGCUCUGUGCUCUCGUCCUUCGCGGCAGCUGUCUGCGAGGAGUGGCCGGGCAGCUUCACGCCAGCUGAGCCACAGACCCAGCUGGAUUCUCAGGGUCCAACUCUGCCAGAGCCAAUGGCAGAGGCCCAGCCACAGAUGGAUCCUGUGGCCCAGCCUCAGGUCAACCCCAUACUCCAGCCACGAUCAGAUCCUACAGCCCAGCCACAGCUGAACCCCAUGGCCCAGGCACAGUCAGAUUCUGUGGCCCAGCCACAGCUGAACCCCAUGGCCCAGGCACAGUCAGAUUCUGUGGCCCAGCCACAGCUGAACCUCACGGCCCAGCCACAGUCAGACACUAAGGUCCAGACCCCUGAACCUGCUGCCAGUUCCGUGCCCAGUCCCUGUGAUGAAGCAUCCCCAGCCCCAUCCUCACAUCCCACCCCAGGGGCCCCUGAGGACCCAGCCACACCUCCUGCCUCUGAAGGAGAAAGCCCCAGUGGCACCCCGCCAGAGACGGCCCCAGGCACAGGCCCCACGUGAGAGUCCAGGAACGCCCAGGCCCACGAGAGCGAUGAGAGAGCACAGGGGAGACAGAGGAACCAGCCAGUCAGACAGGUGGGGAGCCGCAGACAGCGUUGUCCUUAAAAACCCUGCCGAGUCCCUCGGGCCUGGAAGAGGGCUUGAGGGAGGGGAAACAAACCAGCCAAAAGUCUCAGGCAGUUCCACGUCAGCGUCCCCUGCUCCCAGCCACCAGCCUUUUCCAUGGUUGCUCCCAACACACACACAGUUGCCCGACAGCCUCCGAACCACAGCUAAUGGUGUCUUGCAGGGUUCUGUCCCUCAACACCCCAGAUCCUGCUGACAAUUCUCCCCUGGGCUUCAGUCCUGCUGGAGGAAGACAAUGGGGGCACUUUCCCCGGGCUUGACCCUUUGGUCCUUCCCUCCCUCUCCUCCUCUGGGCCUGGACACAAGGAUGUGAAA